GUCGCCGCCCCUCAGCACGCCGUCGCCGCCGCCGCUCCCGAUCUCUCCCUCUCCCGGCGCCCUCCAUCGCGCCUCCUUGCGUCCCUCUUCCUCGCCGGCAGUCGUGGCCCUCUCUCUUGCCGGGAAGACGAGAGAGGGCCGAAGGGUGAGGUCGGGAAGACGAGCUGUUGUUUCUGUUGAUUAAAGAUGCUUCAUUACCCCCAAUAGACCUGAUGCUGUAUGCAGUUGCUAUCUAGAAUAAACCCUCAUAUUCGUAUUAUUUCCAGAUCAAGAUUGCCACCCAUAUUGUUAUCUUGACAUUUUGGAGCCAUUAUGUUUCUUAUAUUUAGCACCAAUAUAUAUCUGGAGGUUUUCUCAAUUAAUUAGUAGAGUAUGGCUCAUGAUUUUGCAUAUCCAGUAAUUUCACUUAAUCUGAGAGAAUUUUGGAGAUAGAAAAGAGAAUGUUUCCUUGCUGAAUGUCCUAUCAUGAUACAAUUGUUCUUUGACAUGAAAAGUAGGGCUAUGGGCUAAGAAAUUUUGACUCUGAAGAAAUAUGUUUUGGAUAAAGCAGGAAACCACACGUAUUAUAUUUUAGCUUCCUCAUUUGGCAUCCAUUCUAGAUUUCCUGUUUCUAGAUAAUCUUAAGAUCACCUUUUACAGGAUAAAUUUGAUCGAUGUCCAUAUAAAUGUCUACAAACGCUAUCGAGAACUACUAUAGAGUUUACAUUAGUGUUGUUUUAUCUAGAAUCAACAGGAGCAAAUUUUAUAUAGUGGUUGCUAUCCUAUAAUUAUAUUGGAUAUCAUAUACUAAUCUUUUAUGUGGCCUGUGACUGCUGGUAGGUACAAUUAGUUUAAUUACAUCCACCAUUGAAUAAUACUUUUUUGUCUGACAUUAAGCAGUUGAUCAUCUGUUUGUGUAUUCCAAAUUCAUUAUAGUAGUUAUCCAGACCAGUUCUGUUGGAUUGUUUUACCGCCACAAUCUAAUCUUCUUUGUUUUGCUUUCAGUCAAAGGUUACAAAGCAGGUCGUGGAAAUAGUCGUGAUCACCUUACUUUCUGCGGAAUUGGUAUUGGCUGGUUUCUCACCAACAAGUUUAAUCUCGUUUCUCCUCUUCGUCGUACUGUCUUCAUCGCAAACCGUUGAUUUGAUUUCGACGAAACCCUUCACUCAAGGGAAGAGAUCGAGCCGUCGGUCCGUCCGUGUGAGAAGCAAGCAGACCUGACCGGAGCAAUCACGUUCCGCAUCACUACCAAUCAGAUCCAACUCACGAGAAGGGCCCAAGGAGCGGAGAACCAGCGGCAGCGGCGGCGAUGGAGGGGUGGGACAGGGGGACGAAGAGCGUGGUGGGUGAGAUCCCGCUGCUGUCGACGCGGGCGGGGCCCCGGGAUGGCGAGGCAUGGCGGCAGCGGCUCAAGGAGGAGUACCGCGCGCUCAUCGCCUACACGUCGGUGAACAAGUCCAAGGACAACGACUGGUUCCGCAUCUCCGCCGCCAACCCGGAGGGCACCCGCUGGGAGGGCUCCUGCUGGUACGUCCACAACCUCCGCCGCUACGAGUUCCCCCUCCAGUUCGACAUCCCCGUCGCCUACCCCCAGGUCGCCCCCGAGAUCGAGCUCCCCACCCUCGACGGCAAGACCCACAAGAUGUACCGUGGGGGAAAGAUUUGCCUCACCGUGCACUUCAAGCCGCUGUGGGCGAAGAACUGCCCAAGGUUCGGGAUCGCGCACGCUCUGUGCCUCGGCCUCGCGCCGUGGCUGGCAGCGGAGGUGCCGAUCCUGGUCGAUUCGGGCAUGGUUAAGCACAAGGACGAUGAGGCGGCUCCGGCCGAUGCAGCGGCAGCGUCUGGAUCUGCCGCUGCUUCGUAGUUGUAAGAAGUGCUGUGUCAUGGGGUUUGCUAUCGGGGUUGGAAAUCCACCCUGUCUUGAACUAAUAAGAACAACACCUAUACAUCGUUGAUGCACUCAUUGCUGGUUGAGGAUACAGUUGUUGACUAAUUGAUGUGCAUGAUACAAUCGAACAAAGAAGAUAACAGCUGAUUCAUUUAUCAUGCAAGAUACAGCUUUUUGAAUUCUCUCUCCCAAAUCAAAUAUGCUGCAGGAUAACAUACAGUGUGUAGUUAUAAUUAUAGGUGUGUUCCUUUAAACAUGAUAACUAUGGUUUACGGUAGGUUAUUGUAAACUGUUAAUAGGUUUUUGAUAUGACCAUUAUAACAAUCCACUAACCUCCCUCCCUGUCUCAAUCUCUCUCAGCUAUGAUUCAUG